AUGAACCAAUUGAUAUCGGAGUACGAGGCCAACCUGGCUGACGAGCUGGCCGCAUGCGAUCACACCAUCAGUGAGCUGAAGAAGAGCCUGCGGCGCAGCGAGGAUGUGGUUGAGGAGCUGUCCCAGCUAGUGCCCGAGAAGAGUGCCACGCUGGCCAAUGAGGAUGGAAUCAUUGGAGAAUUGCGAAUCGAAAUGGGCAAGUUUAGCAAACUGCGAAUGCAUCACCGCCUGGAGGAGGCGCAUGUUGGACCGGACAAAGCCCGACACUUCAUUGAUAAGCAGUUGGCACAGAUCGCCUUCUUGGUGGGCGAACUGAAGGAGGCACGCGAGCUCAUUGUCAAUCUGCAGCAGCGUCAGGAUUUCAUGGACAAGGGUGUCAUAAAGAAGGAUCUGGUAAUUGCCGAUCUCAAGCUGCAGAUGCGAAACCUCGAGGACCAUAAAAACUUUCUCACAUGCAGACCCAAUUCUCAAGUCGAGGGUCGGUUAAACAAAGAGAUGACCAAAUUGCGGGAGAAGAUCGAUCUCGAUCAGCAGAUGCUCACCGCUCGGAACCACUUGAUAAACAGCCUGCAGAAGACCGAGCAGAAGAACCGAGCCAAACUGGACAAAAUGUACUGUCAAGUUGGCGAGAAAAACAUGCUGAUCAGUGAACAACGAGCUGGCCUCGAAGGAGGAGGAGUCGCGCAAACUAUCGGGAUCCUGAGUUUCAAGCAGAGGGAGGUGAGUCGGCAGGAGCAUGUAAUCCAGUUGCUGAAGGAGCAAAUAGCGCGGGGAUCUAUGGCGCUAAAAGAGCAAGAGGUGCGGAUUGUCACUAUGCAAGAAGAGAUUAAACGCCUGAAGCAGACCCUGCAUUGCUUAAAGACAGGUACCGCUUUGUCUACCACCUACUAUACCUGUAUUAUGGCAUUGACCAUCCGGUAUUUGGUGGCCAGUUAUAGUGAGGUCUUGCCCUGGUCUUAUUGCCUGGUGGAAUGGGGCAGCAGCUGUGUGGGCACAGGAGAAACAGCAGUCAAUGAUACGUCUAUUGGGCAGGGUGAGUUCUCCGCGGAGCUGUUCUUCACGUAA